AUGGGCCCCUGUACCGCCUCCCCAUGCUGCUGCCAGGCCCGUAAUCUGCCAUGGGCCCCUGUACCGACUCCUCAUGCUGCUGCCAGGCCCGUAAUCUGUCAUGGGCCCCUGUACCCGCCUCCUCAUGCUGCUGCCAGGUCCAGAGUGUGUCAUGGGUCCCUGUACGGCCUCCCAUUGCUGCUGUCUCUAUCGCCACACUCUGCCAUGUGCCACUUUCAGGUCUCCUCACACUGCUGGUGGUUUCCAUUUUUGUCAUAGGGUGCUGUAUGGCCUCCCAUUGCUGCUGCCUCCACCGCCACACUGUGGCUCCACACUCUGGUUUUGGCCCCGUGACUGCCCAAAUGAGUGAAGUGUGCGGUGAUUCUAAGAUCGACGGCACUCAUCUGCAUGUCAUACUGACUGACAGUAUUAUUUCUCUUCCCCAGCAGACUCCAAGGGCAUUUAAAUUAAAGGUACAGUGUUCUGCACUAAUAUUA